GGGAGAAUGAAUCAUCUGCUGCUAUAAAUACUUGCACCCAUUUUAUUAUGUAAGUAAGUUAAGAGCAAAUUAAUCAUAUUUAUAUAUAUUUAUAUACUUCCCAUAAUUUUAAUAACGCUUCCAUCUCCGAUCCCAAGCAGUUAAUUAACUAGAUGGCUCCGGUCAAUAAUAAGCUCACGUUGACCGCCGCAUCAUGUGGCGGCGUUCUCAUUUUGGCAUUUCUUUUCUGUUUUGCUGUUCAGAGCAGUGAGGGAAUUAGGGCGCCGUCGCUGUCCUCUAACUAUGCCGUCUUCGCGGAAAGUCACCCGAGUCCCGGCGCUGGUCACGGAGUUCCUCCCGGAGAUGCCACUCCCGUCGCUGACUCCGCUGAUGAGCUGCCGGCGUCGCUGUCCUCUAACUAUGCCGUCUUCGCGGAAAGUCACCCGAGUCCCGGCGUUGGUCACGGAGUUCCUCCCGGAGAUGCCACUCCCGUCGCUGACUCCGCUGAUGAGCUGCCGGCGUCGCUGUCCUCUAACUAUGCCGUCUUCGCGGAAAGUCACCCGAGUCCCGGCGUUGGUCACGGAGUUCCUCCCGGAGAUGCCACUCCCGUCGCUGACUCCGCUGAUGAGCUGCCGGCGUCGCUGUCCUCUAACUAUGCCGUCUUCGGGGAAAGUCACCCGAGUCCCGGCUCUGGUCACGGAGUUCCUCCCACCGAUACUUCACCUCCGGCCAAUCAUUAAACGUACCUAAAUGCAUGCAUGCCCUCAACCUUGAUACCUUCAAUUUACUCCGGCAGCCACCACUCAUAUAUACAUGUAUAAUCUAAUUAUUAUAUUUGAUAUGUUACAAUUUAUGUAUUUAAACUAGCUAUGAUACGAAAACUUGAUAUGAAAGAAUAAGAAAUAAUGAACGAUUUCUACG